AAAUUUGUUGUGCACGCCACCAGCACACGACUAUCAUGAUUGCACAUAACUUAGAUUUGAAUUAGUUUUAAUUAUCCCUUUAUCUUUACUCCAACUCUACUUCGCUCUUUCUCUCUCUCUUUUUCUAGGUUUUUUUCUGGGAUCUCUCUCUUGUCCUUCUUCGCCACUUCUAGGGUUUCUUCAAACCAUGCAGUGAGAUAAUAACAUAAUUCUGCUGGAAAUCACCGGAAACAAGAUGCCAUUUGUACUUAUUGUAUGUGCCAGCAUACUCCUGAUGCGUAUCCAUUUAUAAAUAUACCUAUUAGAAAAGUGAACAAGAUUGCAGCACCUCAGGUGAAAAGUUUUGAAGGUACUUGGAAAAGACAAGAAAUUGGCUAUUGAAGAUGGAUUCUGCAGGAUUCUCUAUGAAGCUGUGGCCCCCAAGUCUAAGUACCAGGCUAAUGCUCAUGGAGAGAAUGACCAAGAAUCUUAUUACUCCAUCCGUCUUAUCCAGGAAAUAUGGUCUUUUGGGUAAAGAAGAAGCUGAGGAGGAUGCCAAACAAAUAGAAGCUCUGGCUUUUGAUUCUGCCAAUCAACAUUUUGACAAGGAGCCAGAUGGAGAUGGAAGUUCUGCUGUGCAACUUUAUGCUAAGGAAUCUAGUAAGCUCAUGUUAGAAGUUAUUAAAAGGGGCCCUCGGACAAAGGAAUCUGCAGAAGGUAUUGCACCUGAGAAGGUUAAAGCAUCUGAUGAAACUAUUGUUUUUGAUAUAUCCAAAGGUAGACGGGAUUUCAUAAGUGCAGAAGAGGCAUCUGAGUUAUUGAAACCAUUAAGUGAACCAGGGAAUAAUUAUAAAAGGAUAUGUUUCAGCAAUAGAAGCUUUGGCGUGGAUGCUGCUAAAAUUGCAGGGCCUAUUUUGUCCUCUCUUAAAAAUCAAUUGACAGAAGUUGACCUUUCAGACUUUGUAGCAGGUAGACAAGAGGAAGAAGCCCUGGAAGUCAUGGAAAUCUUUUCUUCUGCUUUGGAUGCCUGUUACCUGAGGUACCUCGAUCUUUCUAACAAUGCUUUAGGUGAAAAGGGCGUAAGGGCAUUUGGGGCACUUUUAAAGUCACAAAAGAACUUGGAAGAGCUCUAUUUGAUGAAUGAUGGCAUUUCAGAAGAAGCAGCACUAGCAGUUUGCGAGCUACUUCCUUCAACUGAUAAACUCCGUAUCCUACAUUUUCACAAUAACAUGACAGGGGAUGAGGGUGCACUAGCUAUUUCUGAACUUGCGAAGCAUUCUCCUGCAUUGGAGGAUUUCCGGUGCUCAUCUACAAGGGUAGGAUCUGAAGGUGGGAUUGCUCUUUCACGAGCACUUGGAGAAUGUAGGAAUUUAAAGAAGCUUGAUUUGCGUGACAACAUGUUUGGUGUGGAAGCUGGAAUUGCCUUGAGCAAAGUACUAUCAAUCUUUUCGGGCUUAACUGAAAUUUACUUGAGUUAUCUGAAUUUGGAGGAUGAGGGGUCCAUAGCUCUUGCUAAUGUCCUCAAAGGAUCUGCUCCAUCCCUUGAGGUUUUGGAGAUGGAUGGAAAUGACAUUACAGCUAAAGCUGCUCCUGCUCUGGUGGCCUGUAUUGCUGCAAAACAAUUUCUUACCACAUUGAAGUUAGGAGAGAAUGAAUUGAAAGAUGAGGGUGCUAUCUUAAUUGCAAAGGCAUUGGAGGAUGGUCAUGGUCAAUUAACUGAAGUGGAUAUGAGUACCAAUGCAAUAAGAAGAGCUGGUGCCAGGUGCUUGGCACAAGCUGUAGUGAGCAAACCUGGGUUUAAGUUGCUGAACAUCAAUGGCAACUUCAUUUCUGAUGAAGGAAUUGAUGAAGUUAAAGAUAUUUUUAAGAAUUCACUUCAUGUGCUUGGGCCGUUGGAUGACAAUGAUCCUGAAGGAGAAGAUUAUGAUGAAGAGGCUGAUGAAGGAGCAGAUAAUGAGAACAAUUUGGAGACGAGGCUUAAGGAUCUUGAUAUCAAGCAGGAAGAAUAAGCUAGUCUAAAUUCCUGUCUGCUAGGAUGUCAAUUGCCGGAUUGUACUUCAUAAGCUAGUCUAGCUUUCAACUCUUAUCAUUAUGUAGGUUAGAUUUCAAUCUCAUUUUCUGCCAGAAGUGUCAGGUCCAAACUCUCUUCGGUCCAACCUGCAUGUAUGGAGGCUGAGAAUUGUUUUUUAAUAGUUAUGAUUUUAUCGA